AGUCGAGAAAUUUGAUUUUGAAAUUGUACACCUUCGCAUCGUUUUUUUCUUCUUUUUCUCUUUCGCAACGCGUUCUACGCGUGCGUAACGAAGCGUUUUCGUUUCGAACGCGUGAAAACGAAGCUUGCGAUUCCUCGCGCCGAGUAACGGAUUGUAGUAUGCAGUCAACUGUCCAGGGAAUAGUCGAGUAUUUACCGUCGUGUUUCGGUAUUAUUAAUCGAAAAUCCCCCACGGUUCCCAUAUUCCCGAUGGAUAAUUCUUCGGUGAAUACGAAUAUUUCGACCUUCUCGACGGCGGUCGAGAAACAAGCAGCCCUCGUUUCGACUCGAACAAUGCGAGGGGCGGGGGGAGGGGGUAGAGGGGGAGGGACUAGCUUGAUUUUUUUCUUUCCUUCGCGUAAAAUUCUAUUUCUAUUUGCCUAUCUGUGAUUAUUUGCGUGUGGAUCGAAAAUUUUUCGAAAUUAAGCGAGAAGUUUGGCGUAAAACGUUGGCGACCGUUUGAUCCCCGUCAUUUGUUCAUUUCGGCGCAACGUCAAUAUCAAUCCGUUCUAAAUUUUCAUCCUCCAGUGACGGACACGUCACGUCCAAAUUAAGGGUUAGACAGGGAAGAAGUUUCGUGGUGAUAAAUCUCACCGAAAUUCGAGUUUCCGCUUCUGCUUCCUUUUUUGUGUUUUCUUCGUCCCUCCCCCACGUUUUUUUUUUUUUUCCUUUCCUUUCGCGUAUUCGACAUAUCCAACGACGCUCGAAUCGUCGGAUCCGGUUGAACUUGGAUCGUGCAACGAGGGAGGGGGAGGAGGGUCGAGUGAGGGACAAAGAUCGAGAGGGGCAAAGGAAGAAGGAGAAACCGAGCCGCGUGCUUGUCACUAAGGAAAUUGAUUAACGAUUAGCUGUGAACGAGAAUCGCAAACAUGCUGUCCGAAAGGAUCAAAUACGCCAUGGAGCAUUUGUCCCACAAACAGCACAUCUCCCUGUUGGCACGGCCCAACUGGAGAAGAAUCCAGAAGAAACACGUGCACAUUUUGCCGCGACCCUACAGCAUCCGGCGAUCAGCGUUGAAAGCACGAGCAUCGAAAAGAAUCAAAGUGAUGGCCCAGCCGAAACACAUUACGAAAAAAUACGAUCCAGCAAAAGCACCGCCACUGUUUCCGCGUAUCCAUCCGAAAACUCUCGCGGCCAAAACCACGAAACGCAUCAACGACUUGGCACUUCCCACAAAGAGAACACUGUUGGCGAACAUGAGGUUCCCGACCAGCGCCAACAUAGCCAACACACUUUUGAGGGUACAAAAAUCACGUUACCGGAGGUAUCGAUUCUUCUGCAACGCCAGGCAACAGCGAGAGAUAAAGAGGAAGCAAAGGAUAAUGGCGAAAUUGCGUCGAGCGAUCAAACCGGACGAGUGGGAACACCACAUGGAGGUGUUGGAGAUACUGUCCGCUCCCAAAGUCCCGCCCAAGCCUAGACCCAUCAAGAAGAAGAAAUGGAGGCCGUUCAACGUACGGAGGUUGGAAGAGUUGGCAACGCCGCCCACGAGAGAGAUACCUGUGAGCAGGGACCCGUUCAAAGUGCCGAUAACCGCUCUCACCUACAAGAUCAGCAAACGCCUUCUCAAAAUCGCGUUCCCGAAAAUACCGGUGGAGAUCAUGCCGCCUCGUAUCCCCGGCAAGGUUUCCCCGGCCGCGCUCAAGGCCGUAGCCUCCCCAAGGACGAUAAACCUUGCGAAACCGGUUGAACGGCCCGCCGGGAUGGAGACGGACCUAAGGGAAGACGCUUUCACGGUCUCGCCGCUGGCUUUAAAGGCGAGAUGCUCGAGGCGAUUGAAAAUGUUAGCCAGACCCAAGAGGAGAAGAUGAUCGCUCGCGUUUCAUAUCGCGACCGUGUCUCCUUAAUCCUCGAUUGUGAGUCGUAAAUGCAUAGAUUGCCGUCUUCGUAUUAUCGUCCUCUAUAUAUGUAAACGCGUUAAAAGCGUGUUCACGUGUAUCAAAAUGUAAUUAAUUUUAAUAUAUAAUCUAAUCUCUCGACGAAAUUCAAUUCUUUCUAACUGAGAAAAGAAGAAAAAUUCGAC